GUGUCGUUUGCCUCCAAAAGUUCGAGUCGAUCUAAUUUUCGCGUACCUAACUGAUAAAAAGUAGCGUGUGACAUUCAAUUGUUUUUGUGUUUGAAUUUAGAAUUGUGUUCGUUAUUUGAAAUUUUGACAGGCGUGUGUUGGUGUUUUACAAGAAGUUUUUAGUGCGAUCGCGGCUUUUGUGUUGGUUUGUUGUUUGUUGUGAUGCGUGGUGCGGUGUGAUGGUGGCAGGAUGAGGUGGUGGGUGCUGUUGAUGGUGGCGGCUGCCGUCGCCGGGAAGAAGAAGCAUCGGCAUCAUAAACCUGGUCGAGCGCUGCUAGACCGGCUGAGCGGCACCACAGUGGGCGAAGUGCUAGCAGCCAGCGACAGCGAGCCAUUGGGUCUGCUGCCCGCGCCGCUGGAUGUGGCGCCUUAUGCUCGCGUGUCAGCAAACGCCACGUGCGGCGGCGCCGGCGCAGAGGAGUUCUGCAGGGACACGCCUGGCAAACGAGGCGUAGUCUGCGAUGUGUGCGAGGGGUCUGACGGGCCGGAGUCUCGGCGGCACCCGGCGGCGCACGCGGUCGACGGCGACCCAUCCACGUGGUGGCAGAGCCCUACCCUCGCUGAGGGGGACUACGGAAAUGUGGAGCUCGUCGCCACGCUGCCUGAUCAACCGCAAGGAAACCUAACCUAA